AUGCUUCUGUAAAACACCACAACGAGAAGAAAUGCAAGUUUAAGUUUUGACACAGGCGCUUACAUGGACGAUUCAUAUGCCCUACGUCACUAAGAACCAACCGUCGAGGACGAGUGCGCCAUUUUGGCUCAAACAAAACCCAGAGCCUUGGACCUGGUUCUGGCUCUGUAUUGAGCAGACCCAGAGCAUUGGACCUGGAUCUGGCUCCACCAUGGGCGGCUGCUCGGCUCCGAACUGUUCCAACUCCACCACCAUUGGGAAGCAGCUGUUCAGGUUCCCGAAGGAUGCGGAGCGCAGGAGGAUCUGGGCCGUGAACUGCCGACGAGACUUCGAGCCGCCGCCUCACUCCAGACUGUGUCAGGACCAUUUUGAGCCGAGCCAGUUCGAGGAGGUUGCGAGAUCUCCUGCCGGUGGCAGGAAGUUAAGACCCAACGCUAUCCCUACUCUCUUCGGCCUCCAGGAGCCCCCCUACCCUGCAAUCACACAACCUCACUUCCUGCUUCCUCUCAAGCCAGAACCAGUGGAGAGAGAGCUGGGUUUUGAGGAGCACGGCUACGCCAGACACACCCCUCUCCCCGGGAUGCUGAUGAUGAUGGAGGAGGAGGAGGCGGAGGGGCACAGCGAGGCGCACCACUGCAAACAGUGUCUGCUCCUCAGGAGGCGACUGGAGCAGGAGACGCACACCUCGGCCCGGCUGCGGAAGGAGCUGGACGAGAUGAAGAAGCGGCUGUUCCGUCUGGACCGCAUGGAGCGGGGCCUGCAGGGCUUCCUGUACGAGGACCAGGUGCGCGCGCUGUCGCUCAGCAAGCGCUCCCGCCGCGCCGUCUGGUCCCCGGAGACGGUCGCCAAGGCGGGCAAGCUGCGGCGCGCCGUGGGCAACAAGGGCUACGAGUACCUGCGGGAGACGGGCUACCCGCUGCCCUCCUACCGCACGCUCUGCAACCGCCUGGAGACCAAGAUCACCGUGACGACGCACCUCAGCUGCGAGGAGCUGGCGGAGCUGGGCCUGGGCCUGAUGCCCCCGCCCUCGGCCUACAGCCCCACGGGGGUGGGAGGGGUCGGGGAGGAGGAAGAGGAGGAUGACGACGGGGUGGUGGACCAGCUCAUAGGGGUGUUGUCCUGAGAGAGGCACCGGCUCAGAGACUAUUGCGGUGUCGGGUGCUAAAAAAGGAUGAGAAGGCCUCCUUGUUGUUCCUCGAUUCUCAGACGCAGAGCGGAACACAGGGGUUUUGCUGAGGAGUCACAGUGCAAACUCUCGGCUUUACAUGACGUAAGGCUUCAAACCUGUUGUUCAGGCCCGUCCCGGCCUCGGCAUGAUUCUACGUCAGACUGACAGGUCUGCUUGGUGCUGAGGAUGAUGGGCUGCUUGGCCUCAUGCCUCCCUAACUACUACGCUAACCUGGACAGGAGGUGAACAUGUUCUGAAUGGCUCCUCCGCGCCAUGCUUGCCAUUGUUGCUGUUGAAUGAACGCGUGGGACACUAGCACUAUGAAGCUGACUAUAGCCUAUGGGCCGGGCCGACUGCCAUCAGAAGGAAGGCUGAGCUAAGAGGGGGCGAGGAGCUGAGCCUGCUGCUGCUGAGAACACACUUGUACCUUGAACCUCCCAGUACGCUAUGGAGGUUCCUCCGGUUGGAGGCGGGGCUUGUUUACAUGUCUAAUUUGCACAAAGGCGUGUUGUUGUCACUGCUGAGACUGAGAUGAUGUUAGGUUGGAGACGUGGUGAAUGUUUCACUGGGCAAACAGUGAUGUUGGGGACACAUUUGUUUUUUUUGGCUUCUUACCUAACAUUGUUGAGUAAUAUAGUUUUAAUCAUCUGGCAAGCUUUGCUGACAAAAUAUGAAAAUACGAUUAUUUUGAAAGAAAGCUGAAAGAACUGUAUUGCAAUCUGUAUCGUAAUGUAUCCUUUGACUUCCGAAACACUGGUUUCAAUUUUCUGUGGGGCUCAAAUUUUGCAAUACAAGGACAUCAAUGUACUUACCUGGGGGUAAUCAGCCAUUUCAAGCAGUUGCAAAUGCUUUCUCUCACUCAUUUCAAGACUUUGUACCCACUCUGGUGUUGGUGUUUGCUUAUGCUUGAAUCACCAACUAGAUCAACAAUACAUUGCUAUCACAUAAGAAUGUGUGUUUGAUGGAUUUUGAGAUGAAUUGUGAUCAGUAUCAAAGAUGUUCAAUGAUUGUAAUGAUACCGUUUGAAUUUGAGUACAAAUUCAAGCUUGGAUGAAUGAAGAUUGAGUGGUUUGUGGUUCAAUCUACAGAGAUUCUAGGGGUUUAUAUGAGUAACGAGGUUGUGUGUGUUUGAAAGAUUCGGUCACUGGUUAAUUUCAAUAAAUACAUUUUAAAAAAUCCAAUAAUGAUUUUUC